AGCGGGGCUUUGUUCGCGGAGCAGCGUCAGCAGCGAUGUCCGGCCGGGGCAAGCAGGGCGGGAAGGCGCGCGCCAAGGCCAAGUCGCGCUCGUCGCGGGCCGGGCUGCAGUUCCCCGUGGGCCGCGUGCACCGGCUGCUGCGCAAGGGCAACUAUGCGGAGCGCGUGGGCGCCGGCGCCCCGGUGUACCUGGCGGCCGUGCUGGAGUACCUGACGGCCGAGAUCCUGGAGCUGGCGGGCAACGCGGCCCGCGACAACAAGAAGACGCGCAUCAUCCCCCGCCACCUGCAGCUCGCCAUCCGCAACGACGAGGAGCUCAACAAGCUGCUGGGCAAGGUGACGAUCGCGCAGGGCGGCGUGCUGCCCAACAUCCAGGCCGUGCUGCUGCCCAAGAAGACUGAGAGCCACAAAGCCAAGAGCAAGUAAACCAGGCGAGGGAAGCGUCCCGAGCCCAGAGGCGAAACCCAAAGGCUCUUUUCAGAGCCACCCACAACCUCGAGAAAGAGCUUGAAAUGCUGCGGAGGGGGCGCCGGGGGGAAGAAGGGAAGAGAAGGGAAGGGAAGGGCGCCUGCGUUUGUCCUUGGGUGCGUGUGUGGUUUGGAGUGUCUUUCGUGUACCCAGCCCUGGCCGGUUCUGCCGGAGCGCUCAGGCGCGGCCGGGCUGUCUGCGUUUUACUCCCGGGCCGGGAUCGGUCGGAGCACUCUGUUCCCUGUGCUGUUCGGGGACGAGCGCGGGAGGAAGGGGAGCGCGGGCUCCGCCGGGCGCGGGAUGUCCCGGAGCCAAUCGUGGCCCGCGCGCUCUUUUGGAAAUCGCGCGGGCGCUUAACCCUUCUUGGACACGGGCCCGCGCUCCCGCGGCCGCCACUGCCGCCCGGCAGAGUGAAGAGCCUCCUCUGCAGCGUUGCUAUAGUCCCUGGAGCUAAUUGCCCAGUCCCCCCUUUCAGACACGAGCGGGAAUGAGAAAAAGAAUAUAGCGCGAUGUCUUGUCAUAGACAACUUAAGGAUCGCUUAUCUUUUUAAAGGAAAGCGUAUUUUACUCUUGGCCUGGACAGGUUUUGUUGGGUUUCUCUACUCACCUAAAGGCGGCUGGAGGACAGCAGCCCAACAGGCCUGAAGCAGGAGGAAAGCAAGCUUUAACGUUAAAGGAACACUAAAGAUCAAGCCAAGAAUGACCACUAAAAACACAGCAACACAGCUCUUUUAAAUGAAAAUGUGGGUGGCUCUUAGAAGAGCCUUUGGGUUUUUGUCGCAGUGGUACGGUAAGAGGAAAGAGCUUUAACCACCGAAGCCGUAGAGCGUGCGACCCUGGCGCUUGAGGGCGUAGACCACGUCCAUGGCCGUGACCGUCUUCCUCUUGGCGUGCUCCGUGUAGGUGACGGCGUCGCGGAUCACGUUCUCCAGGAACACCUUGAGCACGCCGCGCGUCUCCUCGUAGAUGAGCCCCGAGAUGCGCUUGACGCCGCCGCGCCGAGCCAGGCGGCGGAUGGCCGGCUUGGUGAUGCCCUGGAUGUUGUCGCGCAGCACCUUGCGGUGGCGCUUGGCGCCGCCCUUGCCGAGCCCCUUGCCGCCCUUACCCCGA